AAAAACUUUAGCAUGUCAGCAAAACAACACGGAGGGGGAGUGAACUUAUGGACAGCAGUCAUAUUUUGAAGAAACAUUAUAAUAUAUUCACCUUAUUGUGAGCAGUUUCAGUUCAGCCGAAAGCUGUCUGGUGUCCCACCAGCAGUUCAGUAGAUGUCCACCCCCUCAGACACGUCAGGUGGUAUGUCCCAUCCUGGCCCUUCUCCGGGGGCAGGUCUAUCCCCAGGGCCCAUCUUGGGCCCCAGCCCUGGACCGGACCCCUCACCAGGCUCUGUUCACAGUAUGAUGGGACCCAGUCCUGGACCUGGAACACCCAAUGCACCUCAUGGCAUGCAGGGCCAGGGGCAAAGUGAUUACUCUCAGGACAGCAUGUAUCCUAUGCACAAGCCCAUGGAGGGGAUGAAUGAUAAGACAAUGGCAGACGCGAUGCACUUUGGUCACAUGAAAGGUGUGGGGAUGAGAUCUCUGCACAGUGGGAUGGGGCCUCCACAGAGUCCUAUGGACCAACACAGCCAAGGAUACAUGUCUCCCCAUCCAUCCCCUAUGGGUGUCCAUGAGCAUGCUUCUAGCCCCAUGUCAGGAGGAGGAGGUGGGGGACCCACGCCGCCCCACAUGCCUCCCUCACAGUCAGGCCCUAUGAUGCCCAUGGAUCCACAGGGAGGCAUGUCCAACAUGUCCAACAUGUCCAACAUGGCCCAGCAGGGACGGGGACCUUCUGCUUUCAGCCCGGUCCAGCUGCAGCAGCUCAGAGCUCAGAUCCUCGCCUACAAGAUCCUGGGCCGUGGGCAACCCCUGCCUGAAAACCUCCAACUGGCUGUUCAGGGCAAGAGGAGCCUACCCACAAUGCAGCAGCAACAGCAACAGCAGCAGCAGCAGCAGCAACAACAACAACAACAACAGCAGCAGCAGCAGCAGCAGCAACAACAGCAGCAGCAGCAGCAGCAGCCAGCACCUAGCGCCAGUCCUUACAACAGGCCUCCAGGUAUGGCAAUGGCACCUAUAGGUGGACCCCAGUCAAGUCCCUGCCCAACUCCAGCCAUGCAAGGCCACAAUCAGAGCACAGGACCCAAGCCUUGGUCUGAUGCUCAGGGUGGUGACAGUCAAGCCAACGCUCAGAAGCACCUCACCCCUGCGCCCAGUGGACGCCCAUCCCCUGCACCACCCCAGGCCACUGCUGUGCCAGCUGGGCCCAUGCCAGGCAGCUCGGUGACCCCUCAGCCUCCCGGGCAGCAGGUGUCCCCCAUGCUACAGAUGCAGCAGAAGCAGAACCGUGUCACGCCGAUCCAGAAGCCCCAGGGCUUGGAUCCAGUGGGGAUCCUGCAGGAGAGAGAGUACAGAUUGCAGGCUCGGAUUGCACAUCGCAUCCAGGAACUGGAGAGUCUGCCGGGCUCCCUGCCUCCUGACCUGAGGACUAAAGCCACAGUCGAGCUCAAGGCGCUGCGACUACUCAACUUCCAGCGGCAGCUGAGACAGGACGUGGUGGCGUGUAUGAGGCGAGACACAACCCUGGAGACGGCCCUCAACUCAAAGGCUUACAGACGCAGCAAGCGGCAGACGCUGAGGGAGGCACGCAUGACUGAGAAGCUGGAGAAGCAGCAGAAGCUCGAGCAGGAAAAGAAGCGCAGACAGAAACAUCAGGAAUAUCUCAACAGCAUUCUUCAGCAUGCUAAGGACUUCAAAGAGUAUCACCGCUCAGUUUCCGGGAAGAUCCAGAAACUCACCAGAGCCAUCGCCAACUGGCACACCAACACGGAGCGGGAGCAGAAGAAGGAGACCGAGAGAAUCGAGAAGGAGAGGAUGAGGAGACUCAUGGCAGAAGAUGAGGAAGGCUACCGAAAACUGAUCGAUCAAAAGAAAGACAAGCGUCUGGCCUACUUGCUGCAGCAGACGGAUGAAUACGUGGCCAACCUCACCACCCUGGUGUAUGAACACAAAGCCGCCCAAGCUGCCAAGGAGAAGAAGAAGAGAAAGAAGAAAAAGAAGAAGGUGGAUGGAGAUGGUGAAGGCACCAGCGCCAUAGGCCCUGAUGGAGAGCCCAUGGACGAGAGCAGCCAAAUGAGCGAGCUGCCAGUCAAAGUGAUUCAGACGGAGACUGGGAGGGUUUUGCAGGGAACGGAUGCUCCCAAAUCCAGCCAGCUGGAGGCUUGGCUUGAGAUGAACCCUGGGUAUGAAGUGGCCCCGCGGUCAGACAGCGAGGAGAGCGGCUCCGAGUUUGAGGAGGAGGAGGAAGAGGACGGGGCCAAGGCAGAAAUGGAGGAGAAGAAGAUCAUCGAUGCCAAUGGACACGUAGUAUCUGUGAAGGCCGCCAAGCACAUCAUCGAUUCGGCCAAGCAGGAUGUGGAUGAUGAGUACAGCGUUCCCGCUGGAGAAACCAGCUCCCAGUCGUACUACGGCGUGGCCCACGCUGUCAUUGAGAGGGUGGAGAGGCAGUCGUCACUGCUGAUCAACGGCAUGCUCAAACAGUACCAGAUCCAGGGGCUGGAGUGGAUGGUGUCCCUCUACAACAACAAUCUAAACGGCAUCCUGGCUGAUGAGAUGGGCCUCGGCAAAACCAUCCAAACCAUCGCCCUCAUCACCUACCUGAUGGAGCACAAGAGGCUCAACGGUCCCUAUCUCAUCAUCGUCCCUCUCUCGACUUUGUCUAACUGGGUCUAUGAACUUGACAAGUGGGCACCGUCUGUGGUCAAAAUCGCUUACAAAGGCACCCCUGCUUUGCGCCGUGGACUCGUUCCUCAGCUCCGCAGCGGGAAAUUCAAUGUCUUGCUGACCACCUAUGAAUACAUCAUCAAGGACAAGCACAUACUGGCCAAGAUUCGUUGGAAGUACAUGAUUGUGGACGAGGGUCACCGCAUGAAGAACCACCACUGUAAGUUGACCCAGGUGUUGAACACACACUAUGUGGCUCCCCGUCGCCUCCUCCUCACCGGUACCCCACUGCAGAACAAACUGCCUGAGCUGUGGGCUUUGCUCAACUUCCUCCUGCCCACCAUCUUCAAGAGCUGCAGCACCUUCGAGCAGUGGUUCAACGCGCCAUUCGCCAUGACGGGAGAGAGGGUUGACCUCAAUGAGGAGGAGACCAUCCUCAUUAUUCGGCGUUUGCACAAGGUGCUCCGCCCCUUCCUGCUCCGCAGACUGAAGAAGGAGGUGGAGUCUCAGCUGCCAGAGAAGGUGGAGUAUGUCAUAAAAUGUGACAUGUCUGCCAUUCAGAAGGUUCUGUACCGCCACAUGCAGAAAGGCAUCCUCCUCACUGACGGCUCUGAGAAAGACAAGAAGGGCAAAGGAGGGGCGAAGACCCUGAUGAACACCAUCAUGCAGCUGAAGAAGAUCUGCAACCAUCCAUACAUGUUCCAGCACAUUGAGGAAUCUUUUGCUGAGCACUUGGGCUAUCCAAACGGCAUCAUCAAUGGGCCUGAUCUGUACCGAGCUUCUGGAAAGUUUGAGCUACUGGAUCGCAUCCUACCGAAGCUCCACGCCACCAACCACAGAGUCCUGCUCUUCUGCCAGAUGACCUCGCUCAUGACAAUCAUGGAGGACUACUUCAGCUACCGAAACUUUCAAUACCUCCGUCUUGAUGGAACCACCAAGUCUGAGGAUCGAGCGAUGCUGCUGAAGAAAUUUAAUGAGGAAGGAUCUCAGUACUUCAUCUUCCUGCUCAGCACAAGAGCCGGCGGCCUGGGCCUCAACCUGCAGGCCGCCGACACCGUCGUCAUCUUCGACAGUGACUGGAACCCCCACCAGGACCUUCAGGCUCAGGACCGGGCUCACCGCAUCGGUCAGCAGAACGAAGUGCGCGUGCUUCGUCUCUGCACCGUCAACAGCGUGGAGGAGAAAAUCCUGGCGGCUGCCAAAUACAAGUUGAACGUGGACCAGAAGGUCAUCCAGGCCGGCAUGUUCGACCAGAAGUCCUCGAGCCACGAGCGCCGCGCCUUCCUCCAGGCUAUUUUAGAGCACGAGGAGCAGAACGAGGAGGAAGAUGAGGUUCCUGAUGAUGAAACUCUUAACCAGAUGAUCGCCCGCAUUGAAGAUGAAUUUGAGCUCUUCAUGCGCAUGGACAUGGACAGGCGCCGGGAGGACGCCAGAAACCCAAAGCGCAAGCCGCGACUAAUGGAGGAGGACGAGCUGCCUUCUUGGAUCAUCAAAGACGACGCUGAGGUGGAGCGGCUCACGUACGAAGAGGAGGAGGAGAAGAUGUUCGGCCGAGGAUCACGCUGCCGUCGGGAUGUGGAUUACAGCGACACUCUGACUGAGAAACAGUGGCUACGGGCCAUUGAGGAUGGAAACCUGGAGGAGAUGGAGGAGGAGAUCCGGCUGAAAAAGCGAAAACGCAAGCGACGUCAGGACAAGGACUCGUCGAGCAGAGAGGACGGAAGCAGCAAGGCCAAGAAGCGACGUGGGCGUCCACCAGCUGAGAAACUCUCCCCCAACCCCCCUAGACUCACCAAGCAAAUGAACACCAUCAUCGACACAGUGAUCAACUACAGAGAUGGGUCAGGGAGACAACUGAGCGAGGUCUUUGUCCAACUACCGUCCAGGAAGGAGCUCCCAGAAUAUUAUGAGCUGAUCAGAAAACCUGUGGACUUCAAAAAGAUCAAGGAGCGUGUGAGAAAUCAUAAAUACAGGAGCGUGGGAGACCUGGAGAAGGACGUGAUGCUGCUCUGUCACAACGCCCAGACCUUCAACCUGGAGGGAUCCCAGAUAUACGAGGACUCCAUUGUCCUCCAGUCUGUGUUCAAGAGUGCCAGGCAGAAGAUUGCCAAGGACGAAGUGAGUGAAGAUGACAGCGAUGAGGAUGAUGACGAUGACGACGAUGAGUCAGAGGCAGAGGCCAAGUCGGUGCGGGUUAAGAUCAAGCUGAAUAAGGAGGCGCGAAGCCAUGACAAAGGCAAGAAGAGGCAAAGCCGAGGGAAGGCCAAGCCGGUGGUCAGCGACGACGACAGCGAGGAGGACCAGGACGAUAAUGAUCAGUCAGACAAGAGCAAGAGCGAUGAUGAGUGAGAAGUGGAUGCCAGGACGUGAGGAUAUAGUUUAUAGCACUUAUAAACAAAAGGACAAUAUCUUCCAUUACUGUCGUUCAUGUGCAAAUUCAGUUUUUUUUUAAAUUUUGCAUCAUUUGUCCUCUUUGUCUGUCUGUAGUGUUUGUACUGUCGUCCCUUCUCCCCCGGCUUGGAAAUGUAUUACUAAUAAUCAAUAAGCUACAGCAAUACCAAUCUGCUUAUAUUCCUGUUUUUAAAACAAUUUUUUAGUAUAUAUUUUUUAACUCUGUGCUUUAACUAAGAUUUAAAUUCUGUAUGAAAAAAGGAAAACAAAACAAACAAAAAAAAGAUUUGGUCAUGCCACAAGCGCUUUUGCUUUAUUUGUACUUGCUUGCUUGCACUUUUAGAAAAUGAAAUCUUAAUAUCCAAAUUUUAAAGAUGUGUAAUAAAAACAAAUAUAUAUAUACAGUAUAUUUAGCCAAGGACAUCCAAGUGAAUUUUGGGAGCCACUGGUGAUUAAAAAGAAAAUGGCAAUCAAGUUUUUAACUUUUUGAUUUAUUGUUUAUUGCAGUGCCAAAUAUUGAAGCGUAGAGAAACUGAUUGUUCGCCAAACCCCGCCCCCGAUAAAAGAUCGUCUAAUCAUAGCUCAGCAACGGUAGUUAGGUAUGGCAAGCCUGUCAAACUUUAGAUAAACAGCAUUUAAGACAAUGUGGAGGGUGAUAUAUAUAUAUAUAUAUAUAUAUAUAUAUUUGCCUUUCCAAAACCAAAAACCAUAGAGCAAAAGGUAUAAGGAAUAGAUUACACCGUGUUUAUCUGCUGUUACAUACAGUAAGCUGCAAAGGUUAGCAGGUCCGGUUCUUUAGCUCACUUCCACAGUGGUAACUAGAGCUGAGACGAUUAUUCGAUUGACAGAAAAAUAGUCGGCAACUGUUAUUAUUAAUAUUCAAAUAUUCGAGACGAUUCUAGGAACUAGAUGAUUUCACUAUUUCUGGGUGUUUGGACUUUAAGACAUCGUGUUUAGUUCUGUGAAGUAUUGAUGGGCAUUUUUGACAUUACAUUACAUUUACUCACUUGACAGACGCUUUUAUCAAAAGUGACUUAAAAGUGAACAAGCACUUAAGCUUCAGUGUAGUAGGACUAAACGAUUAAUUCAAAAAUAACCGGCAGAUUAAUCGUUAAGAAAAUCAACAUUAGUGUGUUAGUGUUCCUUCCAGUCAUUGAGUUCAUCGUUGACCACGUACAUUAGUUUGAGGGGUGAUUGGUUAUCUUUAAAAAGCUCCAAUCACGACGAGAACAUCUACUGUGAAUCUACUGUGAAGCUAAUGGUGUCUUCUCUGGCUACUGUUAGCAGCUCUGUCCUGCUCUUCAGUGGAUUUGGGGAAGCUUACUCACCAGCCAGUGUUACUCAGGAGUUAUGUUUGCCAAACACACCGGUUAGUGCUUUUACUGUAGUAAUUUUAGAGGUGAAAACAUACUGUAAAAUACAUGUAAGAGUGUAAGCUAAAAACCAAACGGGUUACGUUACAACACAUAAACAGUCCGGAUGCUGACUUUUGUCUUUUAGAGCGAUAUCAUGAUGCAGCGAUUUCUUGCCUAGUUUCAGUAGAACACUUAGAGGCAGUUACUUUCAUUACCAAUUAAUCUGCAGUUUAUUUCUUGGAUUAAUCAAUGAAUCGUCAAUUAAAGUAAAAAAAAAUGACAAUCGCUGUCCAAGGUGACGUCUUCAAAUGUCUCUUCAAAUGUCACGUCAAGUGUUUCGUCCGUCAGUCGAAAACCCAACGAUUGGUUCAGUUUGUCAUUGCAGAAUUUUUUCACUACAUUUGUUUGAUAAACAAGUGAAACGAUUAAUCGGUUUUUCUGUUGAUCAACUAAUUGUUUCAGCUCUACACCUGUUUCAAUUGCUCUGAAAUUCAAAAGCUUGUCAGACAUAGCAUCAACUAACUACGGGCUCAGCAAACGGUCCAUAACAAAGACAACAGGAUUGUGAGAGUUGAGACAAUUAUAUCGAACAUUUAUGCGUCUUAGAGCCUUUAUUAUGACAAGAUGUCAGUUGUUGCCCGAUGGUUUUUAGAUUAAUUUGAGGUGGCCAUGAAUGCUUAAUGCUUUUUGAAUUGCUUUUAUUAAGAAAACUGUAACCUUAUAUUAUGUAAGUGGCGCAUCAUGUAGAUAGUUCCACGUGUUUCAUGUAUCUGCUUCUAAUUCUUCCAAGUUGUUGUGACUCAGCAGAAGCUUUGAACUCAAUAAUUUUCUCGCGCAGAAAGGUGCGUUCAGGUAUUGGGGUUUUUUUUGAGAAAGAGGCCUUAAGAGCAACAUCUCAUGGUGGGCAGCAGAUUCACAGGGAAACACCUUGUUUUGUUGAAUAAAACCAGCAUCUUAUUGUAGCAGUAACUGUAGCUCUUUAAAGCGUCUGAAAACGUUACACAAUGCGGUCCGUUGCAGCAAACAGAUUGUAAAGAACCAAGUCUCAGCUGGAUUUUUUGCAGUUUAUAAAAAUGGUUGACAAAUAUUUCAAAGAAAACAGUAUUAUGGGUUUAAAACUCUUGUUUGAAUGACAUUGAAUAUAACAGUAUAUUUUAAACGAUGUCUUGAUUUAUACAUUUGGAUUGACGUGUUUGUGUUGCUUGUCAUUUUAUUGGUUUAUAUGUUGUUUGUAGCAUGAACUCUUUUGGCAAUAUACUGUGUACAUGCAGAUACAUCAUUUUAUGUGCUUGCCAACUCUCCAUAAGUGUGACUUACUCUUUGCUUUCUUUGCACAGUGUCUUUGUGGUUGUAUCUCAUAGCCCAGGGCAAAUAAAAUCUCACAGAUUUUCAGCACAAAAAAAA